UGACACAUGUAACGAACUUGCGGAUACUCUGUGUUCCAUCGGGUUAAUUUCACCUGAUCAGGGUGGAGUGGAGCAUCUAUGUUUGCAUUCAGCUCUCCAACCGUAUUAAUUAGUGCGUGCCACCCAUCAACGGGGAACGAUUUGCUGCUUUGAAUGCCUCCAGAUCAGUUGAGCGCAGUGCUAGUUUCGGUAUAGGCCCCACGUGUGCGUUUUUUAAAAAUAGAUCCUUUUCAAAUGUCAGCGAUUUGCGUGCCGGGUCGGAAAAAGCUCACUGAAAUCGGGGGCGAAGACUCAACAAAGUGCAGAUGUGUUUCACCGUCAGGAAACAGUGACCAGCACAGAUUAGAUUGUGAGAGGGAAGAUUACUUAAACGAUGUGUCUGUUAUUUUGCCCGUUCAUGAUGCAGCAAGGUGGUUGGAUGAAUGCCUGCAAUCUGUUCUGGAGCAGGAUUUCCAGGGAUCCAUGCAAUUAUCCGUUUACAAUGAUGCCAGCAAGGAUGAGUCUAUGAAUAUUAUUAGAAAAUGGGCAACUAGACUUGAAGAUCGAGGUGUACAUGUUGUAAUUGGUGGACAUGAGUCUUCACACCCAAAAGGAGUGGGUUUUGCCAAGAAUCAGGCCGUUGUGCAGAGUUUUGGGAGGUUCCUUUGUUUCCUGGAUGCAGAUGAUGUCAUGAUGCCACAACGAGUGAGACUGCAGUAUGAAGCUGCCCUUAGGAACAACAAUUGUAUCAUUGGUUGCCAAGUUAAGCGAGAACCCGAAGGCUCCACUGAGCGUUACACUCGUUGGAUCAAUAACCUGACACAGGAGCAACUAGUGACACAGGUGUUCACAUCCCAUGGUCCGACUGUCAUCAUGCCAACUUGGUUCUGCUCUCGAAAAUGGUUUAACUACAUUGGAAAGUUUGAUGAAGGUGGAAAAGGUGUCCCUGAAGAUCUAUUGUUCUUUUACGAAAGUCUUCGAAAGGGAGGGAGUGUAUUUCGAGUGGAUCACUGUCUGCUUCUCUAUCGCUAUCACCUGGAGGCUGCAACUCAUGCUGUGUUAGAAGAGACCAUUUGGAAGCAACGUGUUACAUUCCUGGAGGAGCGAGUUCUGAGUCGUUGGCCUUCAUUUACCAUCUGGAAUGCUGGGAAACAGGGUAGGAGGUUAUACAGAAGUCUGUCAGCAAUCAAUCAGAAAAAGGUUGUGUCUUUUUGUGAUGUAGAUCAAAGUAAGAUAACAAAGGGUUUCUACACUUAUCAAGAGUCAAAGGACAAGCCAAAGCCAAAAGUUACCAUUCUUCAUUUUACAGAAGCUAAGCCCCCUUUCAUCAUCUGUGUGAAACUGGACCUGACAGGUGGGGGAUUUGAAGGAAACUUGAAUUCGCUGAAAUUGACGGAAGGAUUGGACUACUAUCAUUUCAGUUAAGGACCCGUGCUACUACUAUUAUAUGGUUGACUACACCAGUGCCUGCAGGAAGAUAGAAAAUCAUUUUGUCUCAUUACAGAUUUUAUUACAAUUAAUUCAACGUGCAGUUGAGUUUGUAUGAGAAGACAUUUUAGUGGUGCGUUGUGCUUUCGAUCAUGUUUUGGGGCAGGGUUCACGUCUGCAGUUGAACUCAUAGAUCGCACAGAACUAAAGUUUCUAAGUGCAUUAAAAAUUACCGGAUGAUUCUAUUCGCAAGAAUAGAAGUGCUCUUCCAGCAGAUCUUUUUAAACCCACAACCACUAACCUCCAGAAAGACAAGAUCAGCAGAUACAUGGGAACACCACAAAGUUACCAUACAAGAACAUCACUGUCCUGCCUUGGAAAUACAUCGCUGCUGAUUCAGAGCUGCUUUGCCAAAAACAUAAAAUUCACUUCCUAAUGCCUUGUGGGUGUAUCUACAUCACAAGGACUUCAGCAGUUCAGAAAGACAGCUCAUCACCACCUUCUGCAGGACCAUUGAAAGUGACCAAUCAACGCUUGUCUGGCCAUCAAUACACACGUCCCAUGAAUGAAUACAGAAAACAAACUUGCACUUUAGAACAUUCUUCACAACCCAUACGUGUCCCACUUUAAAGCCAUUUUUUAAAGCUGUAUUCUGGCCAGGAUCUUCUGAGAAAUUUAUUUUAUCGAUAACACUUUCUAGCACCAUUGCUAACAGCAUUGAUCAGACUCAGGGGAUUUCUUUCAUGGCUAUCUUCCUGCAAUACUGUAUCUUGAAUAGUCUUCAGUGUAAAUUUACUGAUAAAAUUUGACAGUGGAAACGUACUAUGAUUAGGGCAAAAGCUGUCAACACUAUAAUAUGGCGUGGUAUUCCAAAACGAAAGGGUCACAAGCAGGUAGAAAUGCUAAUUCACGCACAGAGAUCCUGCAGUUUGCAACAGGUCCUUGUUCUGUUAGAAAUCCACCCAGUUUAUGCUGGCCUUUAAAUUCAAGCAAGAACUGAAUCUAAAGAUCCACAUCCAAUCUUCCCAUUUCAAAGAAGUUCUUAGGCUGUGUUUUGAAAAGCCCUAAACCAUGAGGAGGAAAUGUAAUCAAUUCCAAAAGGAUUCUACAGACUUGGCAACACAAGGUUAAUUUCUCCCAAGCCACUCCAGGUUUAUACUCUUCCUGCCAUGAGAGUGGAAUGGGACCACUCGGGUGGUUUGCGUAAUGUGUCAUUGAAACAAUCCUGUUGGUGCUAUGUAACCGCUACUCCAGUUUCAAUGGGAACAACACUUUCAUUCAUGAGUGUGCCUGCUCUGCAGACUCUGAUGACUGCUCCAUAGUACUGAUGAAACACUGUAAGAAUGCAGUGUUCACAUUCAGGCAUCACUCAGUUAGAUCACAGACAUUCAGAACUACCACAUGGCUUUUCUUGCCAAAUUUGGAGAAUGAAUCGCCCUUGCAAACCCUGGAUAAUUGCAGCUGGGGCCUUGUCUAUCAUCUUGAAUGCCUUCUGGGCAGUUAUACAUGUGACACAUCACUCAAGGAGGCCAGAAUUAAACUGGUUGAGCAGCCUUUGGUGUAGGUGACAAUAAGGUGUGUUUGAAUUAUUGCACAAAAGCAGACUGUGGCCUUGCACACUCACACACAUGUAUUUUUGCAAUUAUAUUGGCGACUUUGUUUUGUUUAAGUAUAUGUGACAAUUUUUGUUGCUAUCUGUUAUUCUGUUGACCUCAUGGCUAGAGUGGUAUUAGGUAUUCACAAACCUUUCAGAAAGUGCCUGGUGUCUGUUUUCAUUCUGAAAGAUGUCUCUUCUGCCUUUCAGUCCUGGAUGUGUCGAUUACGUACAUUAGUCAAUGUACAUAAUUUGCUGUAAGGUGAAAAACACAAAUAAAAGACAUUUUUAACAUCAUGUAUAUGACAUGUGAUGCAAUAUUUCACAUAUCAUUGUUUAGGCCAUACAUCUGUAAGUCAAACUCCUCUUUAACUGGUAUCAAUUUUUAUCAAAAGGAAAUCUGAAAUAGCAUUGGCCAGCAUUUAGAAGGCCUAAAUAUACAUGUGUCUUCUGUGGGAUGUUUUAUGAAAAACUACAUUGCACUUCAAACACUGGGAAUGAGAAAAUGAGAGGCUUGGAACGUGGACCAGAAUCUGAUUCUGCUGGGCUUACACCCUGUUUAUUCUGGGCCUUUGAAUUCCAGAUGGUGGGGACCACAGGAGAGUGGGAGUUAUUAUUGCAAUACUAUAUAAUCUAUAUUCAUUAUGGACAAAACUGAGAAAUCUUGCAACCAAUGAAUUAGAUCAAAGCUCUUGAAGUCCUUCUGUGUCCAGUCAUUAAAGCUGGUGGAUGAUUAAACAAGAAUCAGAGGAGGAGGUUUCA